AUGCCAAAAAUAACUGAUAAUAUAUUUUGUUUUGUUUUUCUACGUUGUUCCAACAGGGUUUAUCGAUGGGCAAACGAAUUGGAUACGACCCUGGUGACGAGGUUAUCUUCGAUAUCGGGCAUCGAGACGCUUCGAAAUAGUUACGAGAAUGAAGAGAGUCUCAGUCUGGUGGAAGUGAACGGCACGGAGUUGCUGCUCAAGAUGACCUUAGAAAUGGAGAAGAACUUGCAGCGAAAGAAAAACGCUCUCAAGCGCCUGGUGAAAAAAGCGGAGGAAGCUGUGGUCAAGCACAAAUUUGUCGCCGAUCUCACGCGGGAGGAACUGGGCACCGUCAUGCUCCAGGACCUCACGGAAAGCGACGGCUCGCUUCGCUACAGCGACAAGUUCCACCGCUACGUGAACGAGUCCUACUCGGGGGCCCACGUCCUGCUGGAGAUCUACGAAGAAGACGCCGAGGUUCUGAACGGGCUCAAGUGGUUUCAGGCCUUGGACGAGGCCUUCCGACAGAAUGCCGGGAAGGACCCCGAUCUGCUGUGGCAAUACUUCGGCAGCGAAGUGGGAUACAUGAGGAUAUUUCCGGCAAAUCGUUGGAAGGUCGCCCCUGGAAAGCCAGACCUGUUCGAUGUCCGAAUGAGGCCUUGGUUUAUUGACGGCUCAAGUUCGCCCAAAGACGUCAUUCUAGUAAUGGACACAAGCGGCAGCAUGCACGGCCCCUCCAUGGAGAUCAUGAAGCUUUCCGUCAAGUCCCUCCUGAAGACGUUUGAAGAAAACGAUUUCAUCAACGUGGCUUCCCUUGCAGGCGAAGUCCGGUGGGUGUCCUGCUUCGACACUCUGGUGCAAGCCAACAGGCGAAAUAAGCGGAUACUGUCCAAGAGCAUUGACCGCAUUACCGACGGCGGCACCGCAAGUUUGUCGCACGCACUGGACUUCGCUUUCCAAAACAUGGCAGACUUCCAAGAAAAUAGGACGACAUAUGCCGGCGCGGAAUGCAUCCAGAUGAUCAUGGUCUUCACGGACGGAGGCACGGAAGACCCAACCCCAUUGGUGAAGAAACUCAACACAGGACUUAAGAUUCGCAUCUUCACUUACGUUGUUGGACCGCACCCGAUACCGUACGCUACCCUCAAGGCUCUCGCUUGCAAUAACAGAGGAUACUUCACGGCUAUUACAUCGUUUGGAGCCAGUAGGUACAAAGUGCAGGAGUACCUCAAGGUGCUCAGCCGACCUAUGGUGCUUUCUGGAGAGAAACAAUUUGCCUGGACCAAUUUCUACCAAGAUUCAGGGGGAAUCGGCCUGUUGACAACGGCUACUCUUCCUGUUUACAACAAAACUCAGGGCACAAAAGACCAGGCAAUCAUGGGGGUCAUGGGAGUGGAUGUGUCCCUCGAAGAGCUCAAAGAUCACGAACCCACGUACAAGAUCGGCCCAUCGGGAUACUCAUUUAUGAUCAACCGCAAUGGAUACGUCAUGUACCACCCAGACAUCAAGCUACAGCUUGGGUCCCUCGAGGAGCCACUGGACAUAGAUUUUCUCGACGUGGAGAUUGAGAAUCCAAAAAAGGAAAAUAUUAGGGAGCUAAUGAUCGAAGGCUGCUCAGGAAAAGAAACCCUGAGGAGCCUGAUAAGGAUGCCGGAUGAGAAACAUCUAGUCCCACAGAACAUGGUAUAUUUCUAUACCCACAUGAACGAGUCGGAGUUCGGCGUUGGACUGGCGUUCCCAGAAAGGAGAAAGUUGUACGUGCGUGUGGAAGGGAUGCGUGCUGAAGACGGUUUCAAGCCAGAAACAGAGAAAGGAGAUGGUGUCCUCUUGGCUCCGUGGCGCUACUGCAAAAACGUGGCGCGCCCCAAGGGACCCACGGGGAACCUAAGCCAAGUCCUCGAAGCGUACCGGGCAGACCAUCGUCAGUGCGAUCCUCUACUCAUGCAGCGACUCCUCUGGGACAUUGAAAACACGCGGGCUGUGGUCAACAACUGGACAAGCGACGCGUUCGCUGAGGAAAGAGACGGCAUCCUCGGUAUCAUCGUGGGAACCGAAGGACGCCUGAUACGGAACCACCCGGAAAACAUCGCGGUGUACUUGAUCCACGAAGCGAAUCCACAAAAGGCAGCCUUCUUUAGGCGAGCCCUCUACGCAGAGGACUUCGUUUUCCUUAUCAGCAACGUCAAGCGAAGCUGGGGUUUGAAUGCCACUCAAGAACAUGUCAUCAUAGCGGCCAAGGCGGUCGACGUCUGCAUAAAAAAGGCAGAGCUGAUGCCGGCAGUCGUAGGCCUUUUGGUAGAAGAGAGAAUUAUUCACGAGUCUCUUAUGACGAUGUCUGCCAACGGAAGUUCGGGCGGCCACCUCCGUUGUGCUGACGAGGACUUCAUAAUCUGCUACCUUCUCGACGACGGCGGCUUCAUUAUCACAUCAAGCGGUGAUGAUCAUGCUGAAAAUGUAGGAAAAUUUGUCGGAGCAGUAGACCCAGAACUUAUGGACGACAUGCUGAAGAAAUCAGUAUAUUUCAAGAUUGAGGAACUGCAUACAGAGUCUCGAUGCCCACGAGUGCGGAAGUACACAGCGGGAGCGAGGUCGUCCAUGUUGCCUCUAAAAAACAUUUUUCACAUCUUCGACAUCAGCUGGGUGUUAGACGCGGCAUCUUGGCAACUACUCAAAGUCUGGAUAUACACUUCUUCGAUGCGUGCUCCAUGCAAUUUCGGAAAGCUUGGCCUUUUAAAAGAAUAUAAUUGCGCUGUAAAAUUAAAAUUGGUGCGUGAGGCGUGUCACUUGCAGCUUAAAGCAAAGCAUAUUUUUGUUUUCGGCACAUGGGCUCAGGUCGCUGUGGUCGCUGACGACCCUGGGUGCUCAGUCGGCCAAGGUGGCCCCAAGAGCUCGUACGCGCCGGACGACUACCGCGUGUGCACCACCAGGGAGGCCCUGUACCACUUCGGAAACCGGAGCAGUUACUUCAUGAGCAGCCUGGACUGCGAGAACUGCUCCAGGCAGUACGGCGUGGGACGAGUGGGCUACACAAACCUGAUCCUGGUUAUCUCGAAGAUGCCGUGUGCUCCAGUAUUCUGCGAUCCACCCCCGACACCUUUACAAGCACCCACUGAAGUUGAUGACCCGGCGCCCUGUCAGCGUCCACAUCGGUAUCGACGGCGCCCCGACAAGUGCUACGACCAUGCAAAGGUGUCGUUUUGUGACCUGGAGGACUACCGUGUUUGCGGACGAGCCUCCACCUCUGUGACGUCAACAGUGGCACUGAUCUCGUCAGCGCUGGCCCUCGCUGCUUCCGCUGUCUUGGCCGCACUGUGA